AUGAACGGCUACGGCUCCCCGUACCUGUACAUGGGCGGCCCCGUGUCGCAGCCGCCGCGGGCGCCCCUGCAGCGCACGCCCAAGUGCGCGCGCUGCCGCAACCACGGCGUCCUGUCCUGGCUCAAGGGCCACAAGCGCUACUGCCGCUUCAAGGACUGCACCUGCGAGAAGUGCAUCCUCAUCAUCGAGCGCCAGCGGGUCAUGGCCGCGCAGGUGGCCCUGCGGCGGCAGCAGGCCAACGAGAGCCUGGAGAGCCUCCUGCCCGACUCGCUGCGCGCCCUGCCCGGGCCGCCGCCGCCGCCGCCCGGAGACGCCGCCGCCGCCGCCGCCGCCGCCCCGCAGCCGCCGCCGCGCCCGGCCGCCGAGCUGGCUGCAGCCGCCGCGCUGCGCUGGGCCGCCGAGACCCAGCCCGGAGCGCUGCCGGCGCCCAGCGCCAAGCCCGACCUGCCUGAGGAGGAGCCGCGGCUGGCGGCCGGCGACCCCGCGGAGACCUUGGGCGACGAGGACCCGGAGCAGCAGCAUCAGCACCAGCAUCCGGAGCAGCAGCAUCAGCACCAGCAUCCGCGCGGCUCCCCGGAUGCCGCCGCCGCCGCCGCGGGGACCAAGAGCAAGGGCUGCCUGGGGCCCGAGAGCCCCGAGGUGGUCGUGGCGGUGGACGAGGGCGGCUACGCGGCGGGGGUGGGGGUGGCCGUGGCCGUGCACCACAAGCUCGGGGGCAGCGCCGCCGCCGCCGCCGAGGGGGGUCGCCGCGCCGACAGCCCCGGCGCGCACCCCGGGGAGCAGAGCCAGCUGCUGAUCGAGGGCCCGUCGGGCACCGUGGCGCUGCCCCUGGGCCUCAAGGCCAACCGGCCGCCCCUGGAGGUGCUCAAGAAGAUCUUCCCGGCGCAGAAGCCCACCGUGCUGGAGCUCAUCCUCCGGGGCUGCGGCGGGGACCUGGUGGGCGCCGUCGAGGUGCUGCUGUCCAGCCGCUCCUCGCUGCCCGCCGCGGACCGCGCGGCCGCCGCGCCCGAGCCCGAGGCCCUGCUGCUGCCCGCCAACGGGCACCUCCUGGAACACGCGCUCGGCCCCUACCCGCUGCCCGCGUCCAAGUGGUCGGUGGGCUCGGCCUUCCGCGUGCCCGACUCCCUGCGGCUCGGCGGCGGCGGCGGCGGCGGCGACCCCGGCCACCACCACGCGGUCCCCGGCGGGCCCCUGGCCGUGCCCCUGCAGGCCCCGUUCCCGCAGCCGCCCCGCUACCCGCUGGUGCUGCGCAGCUCGCUGGCCUCCAGGAGCCCGGCCAGCCCCUUCCUGCCCAGCGACGUCACCCUCUGGAACACCAUGACCCUGCAGCAGCAGUACCAGCUGCGCUCCCAGUACCAGCUGGGCCCCUUCCCCAGCAGCAGCUCGGCGGGCGCCGGCGCCGGCGGGGUCUUCAGGGGCGCGCCCGUGCUGCCCGCGCGCGCGCCCGACGACCCCCGCCUGGCCCUCCCCGAGGACGGCUGCCCCUUGGUGUCCAAGCAGCAGGCCCUGUACAGCGGCGAGGAGGACUACGACGAGCGCUCCGACUCCUCGGACUCGAGGGUCCUCAACUCCUCCUCCUCCUAG